CGCCAAGCUUAUUUCUCUCAGCUCUUAGGUUUUCUCUGUGACAGAGAAGAGAGAAAGUCAGCACAGUCCACCGAAAGUAAGGCUUACAUAUGUCACAGUUGCAUCAUUUUACACCCAAUGUAAGACUCUAUAUUAUCAGUGGGAGAGAUGAGACAGUCAAUCGACAACGCAGACGACAAUAACAGAGUUCCAGUUACUAUCAUGGCGACUCCUGACAGUGUUUUCCGUGCGCCUGACGACAUAGGAUCAACAACUCCACAUGCAAUUCCGGACCAUCAAGACUCCAGGUCGCCAACGGUAGAGGAAAAGCUGUCGGCUGAUGGUGUAGUCAACGGCAACACCGCAACUCUCGACGGGGUGACCGAUGAUUCCUCUGGCCUUGAGGGAAUAGAACCGCCAACUCUAGGCGCGGUUCUAGACCAUCAUGAAUUCACACAGGUGACAGGAGGGACGCUUCAGGGAAAGCGAAGGCAAACACUCUCUACCUUCCGAUCGAACAUAUCAGUCAUGACAAAUGUGUCCUUGCAGCAAAUAAACCCCAACUAUGCAAAUCCGGACCGCACAGUCUCCCGCCAUGACACAUUGUGUCACGUUGGCAGAGCCGACGCCUGGCGGCGUGGUUUCGACGAGACACGAGAUACAUUGCCACUUACGGCUCAGGAACAGGAUCGUCGAAUGUACAGCUUCGCCGGCAAGAUGAUCAAGCGCCAGGAGUCAGUAUCCCGCCGAGAGUUGGUAUUCUGCCGCUUUGAGAGACUCAGCGUCUUCAAUAUCUUGAGGGCCCAGCAUAAGCUUGUGCUUUUGUCCGAGAAACUGCACUACGAUGAGGCAUGCGAUGGAUUUGAUGACCCGUCCUUUGACGGUCUUGGAGAAGCGUUGCAGGAAUAUGUGCGAGCCAUCGAGAGCUUCCAAGUUCUCGAUAGCAAAAAAGCGCCAGAGCCUUCGUCUGUCAAGCCCAUGGCGGCAAAUCUCGCCCAUAAGCUUCACGAGCCCCAUUACUGGGAUGGACCAGACGCUCUCAACUUGUUUGACAUUGCCGGGGCUCAUGAGGCAUCUGCCCAGCAGGAAAAGAAGUCUGCUAUGGGAAAGCAAGCUGAGCUUCUGCCGCCAAAUGAUGUGACAGUGUUAGAUCAAGUCACAUCCUCGGUUGGCGGCAUGCGUCUCUGGUUCCAGAUGCGGGCUCCAGUAUUUAUGCUGGACCAAGAGGGGAAAAAGCAGCGCUUGCUCCUUAGAAAGAAAGGUCUUGAAGGAGGAAUCGGCAAUGGUGUGUCACGGCCUUCCUAA